UUGACAGCUUGUUGGAGCUCCACUCGACAUGUGAAGCAAUGGCUUCAGCAACACAACAUGACUACUAAAGACGCAUAUCAGUAUUUUGUCCUCAAAGCACAAGAAAUAGCAAUUUCAAAAAAUUGGACCCCGGUAAACUGGGAAGAAACCUUCGACACCUUCCCAACAAAGCUAAAUCCAAGGACUGUAGUGCAUAACUGGUUGGGCCCAGGGGUUUGUCCGAAGGCUGUUGCCAAAGGUUUCAGAUGUAUUUUCAGCAAUCAAGGUGUUUGGUAUCUUGACCAUCUACAUGUCCCUUGGGAAGAUACUUAUAAUGCUGAACCACUUGAAGGAAUUAACAAUGUUUCUCAGCAAAAGCUUGUUCUUGGAGGAGAA